AUGGACAUGCUCUUAAGGAAAAGGAAGAAACUUGAUCUUGAAUCGGAUGCCAUUUUCGAUAUGAAUCCCGAGAUCUAUCAGCAUGCUGAAUCCUUAGACAAGUUGAUUGAGUUCAUCCCUGCGAGAUUCUAUCUGCCCAUGAAACAUGAAAAGAAGUGGUUUCGUUUCAAGACUCAAGUUCUUGAGGUUUGGGAAUUCAAUGUUGUUGAAGAGGCACUUAAAAAUCUUACGUAUGGUUAUGUCAAGAUUGGUGACGAUGAUGAUGAUGAGGAAUAUGGGAUAAACAGAAAGAAAAAGAUAGUUUCUUAGGCAAAAGAGCUUGAAAUAGCAAUUAAGUUAAAGAUUUUAAAGAAAGAUGGGGAUGUUGUAGCAAAGAAGAACUUGUGGCAAGCGGCUAUAAGCAGAGCUGUUGUUAUCAAGAUUCUUGAUGAUCUAAAGCUAUUGAAGAAUAGAAUCCACAAGGGAAAGAAGAGGCGCGAAAAGAAUGCAGAGAAGUGGAAGGAAAUAAUUGAAGGGCAACAAAAGGUUAAGGUGAAGAAACAGCAAAAGAGAUCAUGAGAGAAUAUUUUUGAGAGGAUUCCAGAGAUGAUGAUGAAGAAGAUUGCCAAGAGUUAUGUUUAG